CUCACAAAUGUGACGUCCAGAUUUUCUCACAAAUGUGACCGUGCAGAUUUUCUCACAAAUGUGACGUCCAGAUUUUCUCACAAAUGUGACGUCCAGAUUUUCUCACAAAUGUGACGUCCAGAUUUUCUCACAAAUGUGACCGUGCAGAUUUUCUCACAAAUGUGAUCGUCCAGAUUUUCUCACAAAUGUGACGUCCAGAUUUUCUCACAAAUGUGACGUCCAGAUUUUCUCACAAAUGUGACGUCCAGAUUUUCUCACAAAUGUGACCGUGCAGAUUUUCUCACAAAUGUGAUCGUCCAGAUUUUCUCACAAAUGUGACGUCCUGAUUUUCUCACAAAUGUGACCGUGCAGAUUUUCUCACAAAUGUGAUCGUCCAGAUUUUCUCACAAAUGUGACCGUGCAGAUUUUCUCACAAAUGUGACCGUGCAGAUUUUCGUGCAGAUUUUCUCACAAAUGUGAUCGUGCAGAUUUUCUCAGUUAUGCAACUUCUCCCAAAACAGCAGAUAGUUCAAUUGUUUGACUUAGAUUUAUAUUACUGUUUUUUUGUGCUGGUUUAUUUUAUUGCAAAAAUUGCCCAAAUAGCUUGAAAUAGCCAAAAAAAUAGCAGCAUUCAUUUUAAACCUAAAUAGGUUUAGCCAGAGCAGUGAAGUGAAGAGUGACGUUGCUUUCAGCCAAUAGAAAAUACAACAAUUUUUGGUGUUAUUUUUUGAUUCUCAUUGGGUGGGCAAGACAGAUGUUUAGGGGGAUUCAGCCCACCCCUGCCCAUGCCAGAGCAAGCUCUGAUAUAAACACAAAAUUGUCAAAAUUCCCUUAUAAGAAACAAAGUAUCCUUGAAUAAGUAGUUUGUUUUGUGAACGUAAACAGUUGGGAAACAAGAACGAGAGAAUGAGAUGGGGUGGAAGGGGUGACAACAUUGCAAAUGCAUCCAGUUUGUUGUAUGUUAUUUGUAUAUUAAAACCAAUGCAUAAUUCAUUAUUUAUUAUUAAGAACAGCAACUGAUUAUUAUUAACAGUUUCAAUAAAUUUCAUGAGAUUAACUGAAUGAAACUUGAUGAAUGAAAUUAAUUCAAUUUCUGGCACUGGCAAGGGUGGCACGCAAGGAAAUGUUCAUGGCUUCUUCCUAUAGAAACUAAUUCCCAAUAGCACCACCUGCUGUUGCACAUGCAUUUGUGAGAAAAUCUGCACGGUCACAUUUGUGAGAAAAUCAAGCUGAGAGAAUCUCAUAAAAAGGUGAGACUUAAACACAGUACAUUUAUAUGUUACACCUUUGCAUUUUCUCUCGAAUUGCAUUAUGUAUUUGUAAAACGCUUUCUGUUUGUUUCAGAGUUUAGUUUCUUUUUCAAAAAAGGUUGCGUUUGUUUGCAAAACGCUGGAUUUGUUUGUUAAGUUUAGGCACAAUUUUCGCUCCAUAGUUUUGUAAUUCUGCUGCAGUUUGGUGAAUCUGCAAGUUAGACUUCAAAGAAACAGCCGAGGGGUUUCUUCUGUUUCACACACACAACGACAUUGUAAUGACCAUAAAUGGAUGUGGUGUGUGCACGGUUAGAUGAUCUUCACGCACACACGCUGGCACUGGCAGUAUUUAACAUGUAAUUCAUCACACUUGACACGCAGACAGCUCGACUAAACCAGCGACAACCAUUCCAAACAUCCGAACUUUAAAACAAACACUGAGAGUGCCGACACGCACACACUGAAGAUUGUCUUUCUGAGCAGCACUGAAAUUUCUACAUGAACUUUUUCCCGUAGAGCUAAAAAACGGAAUUUUACUCUAAGAUCAUUAAUUAUUCGUUUAUUUCUUAGUAUCUGGAUAUGAGAAGCAGGCACUGAAUCACUGUGUGCAGUUUUGAGGUUGUGAAGACAUGUUUAGGUUACUUUAUUGAUAGAUCCAACUAUGAGAUACGGCUUGUAGAUCUUUCCGAUCAUAAAUUUAGAGUCCAGUUUCACUAGAUCUCUCUCCGUCAGGAACUUAUUAAACCUGGAAAUAUCAAUUCCGUUGUGAGUCAAUAGAUACAGAGCUGAAGGGAAUAACAGCAGGCAGGAGACGAAGUGAUGUUAAAUAAACUGAAAAAUGAUUUAUUGAAUAAUCUCAGUCGAGCUCUGUCAAACUUCGUCUGACUAGAAACAGAUUCAAUAUGUGUUUUUAACCAUUCAAGAUUACAGUAUCAAAACAUUGUCUCGUGACGUUAUUAUGAACCUUGAGAUGGAGACCAUUGGAUACUCAUAUCAGCAUAAGAGACAAUACAACUCCCAACGAGGUUAAACAACAGGAAAGUAAGGAACAAAUAAUACGAAUAGAAUACAUAUGAUAGAUGAAUAUUGUAACAAAUGAGAUAAAUGAAAUACAAUAAUAAAAUGAAAUAAAACAAGAAACAGUAUAUGUUUCUAUCCAGAUCCAUCAUUAUGAAACAUGAGUGUGUGCCCCUAAACAAUUGGGUUUUAUUAAACAUGUGAUUCUCUGGUUACAGUUUCACGUAUAGUGAUCAAUAAAUCACGCAUACUGUAAUUCAAAGUUUUAAUAGGGCAUAUGAAGUGCUUCUGUGAUGUCAGCUGGGAGAGAAAUACAGAAAACACUCUGAAGAGUCAGUGAUGAAAGGGCCUAUAGAGUCAUGCAGUGUUUCAUACAUUCAGCGCAAGCUUUUUAAAACCGAUGUGAGGCUUUAUUUGAUCCGCUUUAGUUUACAAACCCUGGGUAGAUGAAGCAGAUCAUGGAGAUAAUCAUUUCUCUCCUGUUUCUCAUGCAAUAAAGAUGGAAAACCAGAUUUGAAGUAUAAGAUCAAGAUCAGACGGCCAUGUGUUAACUUCUCAUGCGCUAGAUUUACUUUCAUUGUUUCAUCAUUUUCUUUUCUACUUACAGAGGAGGGGAUUCAUGAAUGAACCAAUCGUAUUAAAGGGAAAAUGGUGAUGUCAUGUUAUCUCUGCCUAUGUUGUUUUUCUUAUAUAGUGUUGUGAUCUGUUGAGAUUUUCCCAGUUGUGAGUAAAGCAGAUUCAAAGACAUCGACUGGAGUCGACAGACAGAGAACUGUGUAAGUCAGUCCAAUCUUUUGAAGUAAUGAACGUCAGCAGCAGCACUAAUGAUUAAACUGUGUGUGUGUGUGCGUGUGUGCAUGUAGGUUCACACAAAGGUCAAAGUUCUUUUACAGCUGCAAGAACUUAAAGAAUCAUGGGUGAAGAGAGAGAAACACAACAAACAGACACCUGUCAUCAGACAUCCACGAAAGCAUCUGAGCUCUGUGCUAAACUGCAGAGUUGCCCAAAACCACACGGCUUUCUUGCGUCUGUGGUGAGCAGAGCUCUGUUGGGGGCGCUGUUGUUCGGGGUGGUCUGGGCUGUGACGGGUCCUGCCUGUGCACCAGGACAGAAUUUUUUUGGGCUAGUGGUUGUGUUUCUUUCUGCUGUGUGUGGAGGAAAACUCAUUAGUGUGUUUCGAUUCCCGAACACACCUCCAAUACCUGCUCUUCUAGGAAUGCUGCUGGCAGGUGUUGUGUUGAGGAAUGUGCCGUAUGUCACAGACAGUGUUUAUAUUGAUCAGAACUGGUCUUCAGCUCUUAGAAACAUCGCUCUCGCCGUGAUCCUCAGCAGAGCUGGCCUGGGACUCAACGCCUCUGCCCUGCAGCAUUUAAAAUCAGUGUGUGUGAGGGUUGCUGUUGGCCCGUGCGUUAUCGAGGCGUGUACGGUGGCUGUUGUGGGUCAUUUUUUGCUGGAGCUACCCUGGAUCUGGAGCUUCAUUCUUGGGUAAUAAUUUUUUUAUGAUUUUUUUUGUGUGUGUCGGUUAUCAAAUGUAAAAAGGAGUUCCCUUUCUGUCAGUCUCUCGACGUUGUGUUGAACCGACAGAUGGGGUUCG